AUGCUUUGUAAUUUUAUAACAGCUGAAAAUGAAGGUAGUGGGUCGAGUGAAGCAAUAGCCAAUUCUGAAGCUGAAAACCAAGGGAGCGGGUCCAGUGAAGCAAUUGCCAAUUCUGAAGCUGAAACAUCCAGUAGACCCAGCAAUCCAAGCGGCCCAAGUAAUCCAGGAAGUUCUCCCGGAAAUUCAGGAAAUCCAAGCAGUCCUGGUAGUUCACCCAGUGGACCUAGCAACCCAAGCGGCCCAAGUAAUCCAGGCAGUUCUCCCAGAAAUUCAGGCAAUCCAAACAGUCCCGGUAGUUCACCCAGUAGACCUAGCAACCCAAGCGGCCCAAGUAAUCCAGGAAGUUCUCCCGGAAAUUCGGGCAACCCAAGUCGUCCUGGUAGUUCUUCCGGAAGACCCAACAACCCAAGUGGGCCUAGUAACCCAGGAAAUUCUCCCGGAAAUUCAGGCAAUCCAAGCAGUCCCGGUAGUUCACCCAGUAGACCUAGCAACCCAAGCGGCCCAAGUAAUCCAGGAAGUUCUCCCGGAAAUUCGGGCAACCCAAGUCGUCCUGGUAGUUCUUCCGGAGGACCCAACUACCCAAGUGGGCCUAGUAACCCAGGAAAUUCUCCCGGCAAUUCGGGCAACCCAAACAGUUCUGGUAGCUCUCCCGGUGGACCCAACAAUCCAAGUGGCCCCAGUAACCCAGGAAGUUCCCCCGGAAAUUCUGGAAAUCCAAGCAGUCCCGGUAGUUCACCUGGUGGAUCCAGCAACCCAAGUGGCCCCAGUAACCCAGGGAGUUCUCCCGGAAAUUCAGGCAACCCAAACAGUCCUGGCAGUUCUCCUGGUGGACCCAACAAUCCAAGUGGCCCCAGUAACCCAGGAAGUUCUCCCGGGAAUUCGGGCAACCCAAGCAGUCCCGGCAAUUCUCCCAGUGGUUCCAGCAAUCCAAGUGGGCCCAGUAAUCCAGGAACUUCGCCCGGCAAUUCAGGCAACCCAAGCAGUCCUGGUGGUUAUCCCGGUGAACCCAACAACCCAAGUAGCCCUACUAACCCAGGAAGUUCUCCCGGCAAUUCGGGCAACCCAAACAGUUCUGGUAGCUCUCCCGGUGGACCCAACAAUCCAAGUGGCCCCAGUAACCCAGGAAGUUCCCCCGGAAAUUCUGGAAAUCCAAGCAAUCCCGGUAGUUCACCUGGUGGAUCCAGCAACCCAAGUGGCCCCAGUAACCCAGGGAGUUCUCCCGGAAAUUCAGGCAACCCAAACAGUCCUGGCAGUUCUCCUGGUAGUUCCAGCAAUCCAAGUGGCCCUAGUAGCCCAGGAAGUACUCCCGGAAAUUCGGGCAACCCAAGCAGUCCUGGUAGUUUACCUGGUGGACCUAACAACCCAAGUGGCCCCAGUAACCCAGGAAGUUCCCCCGGAAAUUCGGGAAAUCCAAGCAGUCCUGGUAGUUCACCCAGUGGACCUAACAACCCAAGCGGCCCAAGUAAUCCAGGCAGUUCUCCCGGAAAUUCAGGCAAUCCAAACAGUCCCGGUAGUUCACCCAGUAGACCUAGCAACCCAAGCGGCCCAAGUAAUCCAGGAAGUUCUCCCGGAAAUUCAGGCAAUCCAAACAGUCCCGGUAGUUCACCCAGCAGACCUAGCAACCCAAGCGGCCCAAGUAAUCCAGGAAGUUCUCCUGGAAAUUCGGGCAACCCAAGUCGUCCUGGUAGUUCUUCCGGAAGACCCAACAAUCCAAGUAGCCCCAGUAACCCAGGAAGUUCCCCCGGAAAUUCGGGAAAUCCAAGCAGUCCCGGUAGUUCACCUGGUGGAUCCAGCAACCCAAGUGGCCCCAGUAACCCAGGAAGUUCUCCCGGAAAUUCAGGCAACUCAAACAGUCCUGGCAGUUCUCCUGGUAGUUCCAGCAAUCCAAGUGGCCCUAGUAGCCCAGGAAGUACUCCCGGAAAUUCGGGCAACCCAAGCAGUCCUGGUAGUUCACCCGGUGGACCUAACAACCCAAGUGGCCCCAGUAACCCAGGAAGUUCUCCCGGGAAUUCGGGCAACCCAAGCAGUCCCGGCAAUUCUCCCAGUGGUUCCAGCAACCCAGAGAGCGAUGAAGACGAAGAUGACGAAUCUACAAGCACAACGGGAACCGUUGUCAUCGGUAUUUAUAUGAUUAAAAUACUAAUUGGAAAAAGAGUAACUAAACCUUAA